AUGUCAGAAGCAGAACAGCCCGUGAAGCGUAAAAGCGUGGCUGAUAUGUGGCGUGAACGUGAACAAGCCGUGUUGGAAAAGCAACAACAACCAUACAAACCAACGGCUUCUCCUGCACGGCGAUCUUUCAAGAACGUUGAAGAGAAGAAAAUUGAAGGAGCGGGCGUAGCAACGACGAACAAUUCUUCAUCAAAUGCAGCAACCAGUGCCACUUCGAAAACAGCUUCCAACAAUUCUGGUGGCGAAGCUUCCACAACUCGACGACCAGUAUCCACAAAGAGUAAAUUUGCCAUGAUGGGACAAAAACACGCAGCUCGUCCAAAGAAACUGCCUACUUAUCAAAAGUAUCAGCAACCAGCAAAAAAGAGCGAUCCAAAGUCUCCCGAUUCCACGAAUUCUGAUGCGCUAUUGGGGGAUGCUUUUGAUGAUGCCGUGUCGGAAAAGGAAGGCAAAAAGCUUUCCACAGAACUUAGUUCAAGGCGUCGUUUCCCGCAAUCGGCUGGUAAUGCAACGAGACCCUCAGAGUACUCCUCUCUACAAGUAUCAGAUUCAGCCAGCAUACCAAAAGAUGUUCAUCCAAAACUUUCUACUGACAAUAAUGAUGAUGAGCAAUCCAAUAUUUCAGGCCUUUCGUCACCUGGAAGCCCAGCUCGCUCGGCACGUAAUCAACGACGAUCAAAAGCAAUACCAGAAAGUCCGGAACACGAUAAGGGCAUGGAUCAAAGUUUUGAUUCGGGAGCAUACAGCACUGGUAUGAGUACUGCGACAAAUCGAUCAAGUCCAGGCCGAGAUGCUGUCUCGGAAGUGGUCGCAGACGGCUUUGUGCAAGAGUCUGACAAUCAAGUUUCUGCUUUUCAAGACGCCAUGCAAAAGAUGAGUCUAGAAGACAUUGCAAACGACAUUAAAGAGGAGGCAACGGCUGUCUUUGGUGGGGUGGGUGAAAGUAUGGCGGCGGCUUCACAGAAAUUUAGUUCCUUGUUUGCCAAGAAGGAAGAAGCUCCUGCUCAAGCAGAAAAAUCUGUCGAGGCUGGCGAGAGCCCAACGGAAGGAGACGCAGCUGCAACUGAAACUCCAGCUGAAAAUUCCGAGGAGCCAGAGAAUGUGGAAUCUAAACCGGAGAAUGUGAAAGAAGAACCAGCAGCAGAAAGCAUCGAGGUAGCGGAGGCUGCAGAGCCCGUUACGGAAGAUGUCGAACCUGUAGCGGAAGUCGCUGAACCUGUAGAACCUGCGGAGCCUGUAGUAACCGAAGCACCGCAAACUGCAACCAAAGAAGUAUCAACGGAGAAAAAUGACAAAGGCGCUGAUGCACCUGACCCACCUUUGGAAGCAGCUGAUUCCUCCGAAGUCUUUGAUCCAUUUGCAUCCAAUGAACCCGCAGAUUUUGCGGAUUUUGCAGCAUUCCCAGCCGAUGCCUUUUCCAACGAUUUUGCUGCACCGGCACCACUUGUGCCAAAAAAAGAGUUAUCACAACAAAGGAAACCACCCAGUUCACCCCCAAGAAAGGCCCCUCUUGCACAGGAAGAGGUGGCGAUUGAAGUGGAGUACCUGGAUGAUGAUUCCGACGAUGACCAGGCCGAUGUUUAA